AUGUCACCACACAAAGAUAUUAAAUUUCCACCUUUAACGCCGUCACAAAGACAAAGGCUUACAUAUGACCAGAGUGUUCAAAACGACACUAUCCAGACGUCAGAGGAAGGACAAGAAGAAGAAAGUGCAGUCCAGCCAUCUGCAGCGAGACAAGCAAACCAGCAACAGGUUCAUCAAGCCUGUGAUGGUUUCCUGUUGCGCUCAACAGGAAGUAGUUACAUUUAUGCAGGCCUGGGGAGAAAACCCCAACUGCUGGUGCACCUGGAGAGAUAUGUGAACAAGGAGCUGCAUAAUAUCAGUCCCCAUGAGCCAAAAUUCCAAGAACUGAAGCUACAGGUCUACCGUGAUGUCUUUGGUCAUUUCAUCAAAGAGUUCAAAACCUACCAACCCCUUCUCUCUGCCAUCAAAAAGGAAUAUGAAAACACUUUAGCAUAUCAGCAGGAUCAAAUCCGAGAACUGGAACCACUGCGAUCCCAUCUGAGGCUGGUGACAGAGGAAUGUGACAGGAAGAUUCAAGCUCUCUGGGGAGUGGAGCAAGCUGAGAUUGGAGCCUUGAAAAGGGAGAAGCAGCAACUGCAGAAGGCCAUUGAGGCCAUGAGGGAAAAAGAAAAGGCCAUGCAGGCAGUGGUAGAACGCCUGCAGUAUGAACUGUCCAACCAGUAUCUGCAGUACCGAGAGGAGCGUGACGCUCGCAAGUUGUUGAUCUGGCAGCUCAGUGACCUAACAAGAGCUUCUGUGAAGGAGGAGCACCCUGCAGAUGAAAACACAGAAGAGGCCAAGGACCCAGUGGAGCUGCAGCUUGCUCUGAAGGUGUGUCGGAGAGACCUGACUAAAGCCCAGGAGGAGCUUAACAGGAUGAAGGCAGAGUACUGGGAUGUUGUGCCACAACGCAACUGGGAUACCCUGGAACAAACGCAUAAGCAGACAUUCCUGCAGUUGAAGACACUGCAGGGUGAUUUUGAUCAGAUGAAGAUUGAGUAUGACACCCUGCUUGAUCUCCAUAAAAGAGGCAGCAUGCAGUCUGAGACACAUGACUCCACCACUGUGCAGAUGGAUGCAAAUGUGUCUCAAGGGCAAAACCAAAUUCAGUCCAGCCAGCUAAAAGAGCCGAUCCACUCUGGUACCCUUGAGGGCGGCACACCCACUAUCCAGGAAUUUAGGGCAGAGUUCCCUCUGAAGUCAGAUGAGGAAGUAGAUGUACUUGUGACCUCGGCUCAAAGUGAACCAGACAGAAGCGAUGACAUCAUCUCCUCCCAGAGACUUAACAGCCUGCCUGCAGAAUCUGGUGUGGCAGCCUUACCUCCAGCUCUUGACCAAUCAGAGGAAAACGCUGGAUCAAAUUAUUUUCCGGCCAGCAGCUGAUAUAACACCGUAGUAUUAAUUUCAUUGUUAAUUAAGAAGGUAGGCUAGCUUGCUAGCUUAGGACUUGGACGAAAAAAAUGAAUGGAACAUUAAUUCUUGAAUUACAAACUGUUUAGUGUCCUCACAACACAUUUGCAACAGUUCCUGAUAUUUGAAUAACUGCAAAUGUAUGUACAGUAAUUUGAGUACAAAUGUCUUUUAUCAGUGACUUAAAAUAAAACAAAUGCCAUUCACUUCCAUUGUAAUGGAACCAGAACUCCAAAUCUUGCCAAACAAAAUCGAAAAGAAUCUAUUAUGUGAGCCCCGUAGAAUGGUUUAAUUUCACCCUGCCAAAUGCAGCUUAUCAAAAUAUAAUUAACUAUAAAUAAAUUAUUUUUGGUAGUAAAAAUCUUGUAUUGUAAUAAAAUCUUGCAUUGUUUACAUCCAUGUUUACUAGCUUGCAGCCAUCUUCUCCCUUGCCUUUACUUACUGCAUUUCUGAGUGUGUUAGAGACACCUGUAGAUCACUGGAAUAGUGUGAAACCGUUGGGAGAACUGUGUAUUGCAUUACCUGUGUGCAAGUGCGCAAGCAUGUGUAUCCUUGUGUGCAUGCAUGGGAAAAAUUAAACUGGACCUAGACAUAACUACGCCAUAGCGCUACUAUGGAUAAAAAAAUCUCCACAGGGAACCUUUAAUUUUCACGUAUUUGUCACUUUUCAUGAAAUUUUAUUUUACCUGAUACCCACAGCUAUACAUUCAAUCACAGCCUGUAUAUUGUAUAUGUGUCUGUGAAAGGCAAACCACAUUUUU